AUGGCAGUAGGAACAUUCUCUGGUGAAAGGGCCAGUCUGGGCCAUAAACUGACCAGCAGCAUCUCAUCGGUUACAUCUACCUUUACACAACAACCUCUGAGCAGUAAGAAACAGCCAGCCCUUCUUCCUGUCCGCCAAGUGAGCAUUGCUAAAAUCUCUGCAGGGCCAACCAAUCUCUAUCGGCCCUUGUUUGGCGAGGUUAUUCCCCUCUGCGAGCUGUAUUCCAUCGCCAACGUGGUGGUUUUCCCAUCCUCUUCACAAUCUUCAGCUCUGCAAAACCCAUCCCAACCCUAUUCUCAACACAACGGAAUCGGAAGCACCGGGCUCAGAAGCACUCCGCCAAGCCCAUUCAUUGAGGCUCUACAAACCAUCGGUCUUGGCUCUCCCAGUUGGUCUGCUUCAGCCAUAUCUGUUUUUACCAUUGUUCUUCCUACUACCAACGGCUACGUGACCCGAUCCGACUUCCUCCAACUUCGCCUCCAGGAUUUCCCAUACAAGAUAUUACGGACCCAUGAGCCUUUGCGCCCACUACAGAAAUAUUCUGCCACUUGUCCCGCCCCGGGCCCGGUUACCUCAGAACAUGAUCUUGCCACGUUGGUUGAGUCGGCUGCUGGAGUUGUUCAAUGGGAGGAUUUGCCAACCUCUGUCUCGUUCGUCGACUUGGAAAUUUACAGGACAAGGCUGACCGAGGAGCUGCGUGAUCGUCUUCACAAUGCACCAUGGCUCUCCAGCACACCAAUUCCCCGGCAACGGGUGGCGCUCAUUCGCGGUAGACCAAACAUCACGGCAGGAGGUCCAGUCUAUCGUGCCGCCAAAGCAUUAGGUCUUGACUUGGUUAUCGUUGACGAAGAGGGCCAUUGGCUUCAAGCAGACACAGAAGAAAACAAGAUGCAUCGGGAAGCCUUCCUUGUCACUGACAUGACAGAGGAUGCAGGAGUGGUUGACCGCAUCAUCCAGUCCAUUGUCAGCUACCCUCUUCCCAUCCAUGGUGUCUUUACACUGUCGGACAACUUUUUUGUGGCAGUGGCUCAGGUCGCAGAGGCAUUGGGACUCCCCACCAGUCCCGUGGCCGCCUUUGAGACAUCUGUGGACAAAUAUCGAUCACGGCUUCUACAGAACGUUCCUUGUCAGACUGCCAGAGUCCACAAUGUGAGAGAGCUGGAGUCUUUGCUAGCAAGUGGAGGUAACCAGCAGGCCGAGUUCAUCCCCAGAUUUCCCCUUAUCGUCAAACCCACCAAAGGGUGGUCCUCGGAAUGCGUGUCAAAAGUCAACAACCUCGCCGAUCUUGCCACUGCAGUUCAAAAGGCUACUUCUCGACAUGGCAGUGCGGCCGUCAUUGAGCCCUUCUUUGAUGGUCCAGAAAUGGAUGUCAACUUUGUGCUUCUCGACGGGGAGAUUCUAUUUUCCGAAAUCGCAGAUGAACCACCCUGCGAUGCUGACUCGAGCGCUGCUACCGUCCAUUCAACCUUUUCGCCAGAGGCCCUCACUCUCCCUUCCGCCCUUCCUGCCCAGGAACAAGACAUUGCAAAGUCGACACUCCGAGAUAUUCUUGUCAAUCUAGGAUUUUGCACCGGUGUCUUCCAUGUCGAGGCGAGAAUGGUGAGCUCCACAUUCGAGUACCGCAAGCAAGAUGGCGUGAUCGAUCUUGUCCUCAAGCACGCCAAAUCUUUGCCCGAGUCGGGAGCCGAGUGCAAGCUGAUCGAGAUCAAUGCCCGCCCGCCUGGAUACCGAGUCACUGUUCCAACACGUCAUACAUACGGCGUGGACUACUUUGCUGCACACAUGCUGGCUGCUGCGGGUGAUAAGAACAGGUUACGACUGACCACUAGGCCCUACAGCCAUGUGCUCGGUGACAACACCAAUGAUUCGAAAAGGGGAGCACAGUACUGGUCUCGACUGGUAUACAUUCCUGCUCCAGCCGCUGGUACUGUGCAAUGGCCGUCAAAGCUAGCCCCAUGCGAGGAGCUCAAGCGCCGAAGACCGGACCUGGCAGACAAGAUUGUUCUGGGCGUUGACUAUUGUGUCCCCGGAGACAAGGUUGAUCUUUACACAGAUGGGGCAAGGACAUAUGUUGCUCAUCUGCUGGUUGUGAACAGAGAGAGCAGGCGAGACGUCAUCAGGCUGGGAGAGGAAGUCCAGAAGGCCUUUACGAUUGACAUUGAUGGUUCAAUCAGCAGCAAGACAGAGAUUAGUGAUGGGGAAACUGAUGUUGACCCCGAUGUGGAGGGUUGCGAGUGA